AUGUCUUCCUCGCAAAUACCGGGAAACACUGCUGCUCGUGACUCGGGCAUCGAGUCCCCUGGCAGAACGGCUGUGCUCCGCGAGAAACUCCAGUUGAUCGCCCAGGAGAGCAAGCCCCGUCUGGGUCUGUCGGCGACAGAACUCAGCCAGAAUUGUCCUACCGUCGAUACAUUCUUCGACGAGGUCGCGACGGAAAGACUCCGUCGUAUGCCUCGCAAUGGCAGUCGGCUUGAUGGUGUCCUCCGGAGAGCUUCGCGACUUGCCUUUGCUGUUGGUUCGCUGCGGGAUGCCGUCGGUGGUAUCCUAGUCGGCAUUGAGACAGCUACCACGCUUAUCUGGGGAAGUUGUCUACUCCUGUUGCAGAGUGGAAUCGACAAUGUCGAACUCUUGGACAGUGUCUUUGGCCGAUACGGCCGUGUGACCAUGGGCAUUUCGGUCCUGCUGCAGCAUGAGCCAUUCUUCAUGGAAUCCACUCAGAUCCAGUCGAAGAUCGGAAUGAUCUACGCUGAUCUCCUCGAGCUGGUCUGUCACGUUACGAUGGAAUACAUCGAAGGGCUUAGAGGAAAGGACAACCAAACCAUGAAACACAACAUUGACGAGGCCUUCUUCGUCUACUUCAACCGCUUCAAUGCGAACUGGCGGAGUAUCUCGGAGAUGGCCCUCGCCAGUGUUAGCAAGGGUACCUUCCAAGAGGAAAGUGCCAUUGAUAUUCCUGCCAUCUACGAGUUCAUCGGGCUGCAGGAUCGUGCUCUGCAGAUGAUUCUCGAGGGAAGCACCCAUACCCUGGCCGAUGGGUCUUUUGAAUGGUUCGAUACUCACCUCAACAACUUUGUCAUGGGUGAACAUGACUUGAUGGCCAUCACCGGCGGUCCGGGCAGUGGCAAGAGUGCCCUCGCCCAGUGGACUGUCGAGCGUCUGCAGACCUCUCCUGAGCAUGAUGUCUGGAAUGUCAUCCAGUACACUAUCCGAGGUGACGUCCCCAUCACCGCCCUCAGCUUGAGUAUCCUCAAGGGCAUGCUUCACCAGAUUCUCGACCGAUCGGUCAGCAACUUCAAAAUACAAGAGGCUAUCCUCACUUCUCUUACCGAAGCUGCCGAACUCGCCUCCAUCGGUGCUACCGAUAUGGAGGUCGAGGAAGUCCUCUGGUCGGCAAUGGAGACCGCCGUGCACUCCAACUUGCACUUCUUGCUCAUCAUCGAUGGUCUGGAGCGAGUGAAGAGCAGCGAUGAUGCCCCCGCUAAAUUCUACGAUCGCCUCCAGCACGUCGUCGCUGGAACAGACAAUCCGUCCAAGUUGAUUCUCUUCACUCGCAGAUUCCCCGCAAAGACCAAGCUGCACAGCGCGCAGUUGCUUUCGAUGGAUGCAAACCAGACGCAUGAGGACAUGGUUGGUGCCGUCAAGGACGCCAUGUCCUAUCACGCCCAGUACCGGGAUAUUGAGAAGGAACAUCUCGAUACCAUGGCUGAAGAGAUUGUCAAUCGCGCCCAGGGCUCGUUUGUCUGGGCUCAGCAGGUUGUCGAAUUUGUCGCUCGGCAGAAGACACUCGCUGAUAUGGUGAGAGCAGCGAAGCAUGUUCCCGAAUCUCUUGGUGCUCUGGUAGAUCACCAUCUGCAUGAUAUGGAUCUCGAGCAAGCCGACACUCGUGCUUUGCUGGGCUGGAUGGCUGCCGCUGAACGUCCUCUGUUGAUCAAGGAAGUGCAGCAACUUCUCAGUGUCGAUCCCACGACUCCAUCAAUGGUCUUCCGACUUUCCAGUCCCCAGCAGGAUCUCUUCCGUCCCAUGAGUGCUCUCAUCAAGGUCCGAGACGGUUUUGUCGCGUUCAAACACCCUAUCAUCCGUCACCACAUCCGUGAGCGGGCCGAGGCAGUGACAGAACAAACCGACACGGGCAAAUUCCCCUUCAGUCUCAAGGAAGCCAACUACGACUUGUUGAUCCGAUCUAUCGCUUGGGUCAAGCUCACUGUCAAGAAAGACUUUCCCAUUUCUUUCAACAAGCUGAAUGCCGAGGACCGAGAAAGCCUGUUCGACUCGCAUGUUCUCAUGGAGUAUACUUCUCGCUACUGGUUCUCGCACUUGCUCUCAUCCUCGAUGGCUACGAAGAACGGUACAUUCGUCUUCACCAAGACGUUUGAAAAGGCCGUGCCGGAUUCCGUGCUCUUCUCCCAGAUCGAGCUCACCAGUCGGGAAUCCCAAUUCAGCCGAUCCAGCAUCUUGGAGCUCUACCGUCUUUCUGCUGAUGUUCGACGGGCGGUUCUGGGCGAAAGAGCCAAGGCGACACUGCAGAGUCUGAUCUAUAUCGCUCGUGCUGCACACAUGGCUAGAGUCACCUAUGCCAACGACCAUGUGUACGAGGCGUGGACGACUAGCAAGGCACUCAUGGGCCCUGCGAAUGGAACUUCCAUCGCUCUGGCUGAACUACUCGCCACGACUCCCAUACACGAAGGACGCUUCGAUCAGACUGCCAAGCGCCGUGGAGAGGCACUGGAGACUCUCACCUCCAUGGACUGGGAAAAGAGCCCGAUUUCCUUCAACCAGUCGCUGGGUUACCUCGCUCUGCUUGUGCCGAUGUACAAGGCCAACGACAGAACUCAGCCAGCCUACGAAAUGACCAAACAGUUCUACCAGCGUUCUGUCCAGAAAUACGGUGCUCAUUCCACCCAGUCCGUGCAGGCUGCCGAUUUCCUCACGCAGAACUUUGACAUUAGUGAGACGGACGACAUGUCGCUUGAGCUGGCCCGAAGCAAGUACGAGAAUAUGGUGCGUACGUUGAGCGCUACGGAUGAACGUCGCAUUUCGUACACGCUGUACAUGGCGCGUCUGUACGAGGACCGGAACCAGCCCAAGAACGCCGAACAUGUUCUGUCGAGUCUGUGGGCGGGUCUGUCGUCGCGUGAGGCCGAGUCGACCUCAACCUGGGAUAAGAAGACCAAGGUCGCUCUGGUGUACUACCAGUUCUUGCGACGAUACGAACGUUCUGAGGAGGCCGAGGUUAUUGUCCGUGACCUCUCAUCUGAUAUUGAGGGCAAUGGUGUCCACUCGCCUGACAUGGUGCAGCGGGCGCAGCUGCUCCGCAACGAAGCCAGGGAGAUGGGACUGGAUGACCUCGAGCGCGUCCUGUCUAUUCUUGUUUGGCGCUUCUACAAGAAGACUGGACAAGAGUACUCCCAUGAUGCAGUCACUCUGGCACAGUCCUUGACAAAGGACAUGAUGGGCACGGAUCCUGCCACCAGCGUGACAGAGUUGAGUCCCUCGGACCGUCUGCUUCUGCACGAACUCAUGGACUCGAUUGCUUCGCUGGGCCCUGCCACUCUCAGCCCGUCUAUUCUGACCCUCUGUCGCAGCCUGGCUACCCUCCAUAUCCGCGACGAGGAAUGGCAGGCCGGCAGUACCUGUGUCUGGUCGGUGUUGAAGCAUGCCUGGCCCGAGGUGCAGGAUCCCGAGUCUGACUCCAAGUUCCCUUCGGAGACGGCACCGCACAUGGCGAACCUUGCCUUGGAUCUGGCUUACUGUCUGUUCCGUCGGUUGAAUGUCCAUGAUGCUACGGUCGUGUAUGGCAAUGCUUUCAAGGCAUCCAUCAUUGCCGACCGUGUCGCUAUUCCAUCAGUGACCGCUGUUGUCAAGACUGUUGUGGAGUUCUAUGAAACCACCUUCCAGUUCACCAAGGCGCUUGCGUUACUGCACCAGGUUAGCGAGUUCUUCGUCUCUCGUCUGGGUGAGUCGGACAAGCACAGCAUCGACAGCUUGUACCAUGAAGGUGAUCUCGCAACUCGCCUGGAAUAUCGCGACCAGGCACAGCAGAGCUACAACAUCAUCUACAAGGCUAGCAUCCGUGGCGGCAAGAUCGGGUCCACCGGAGUCAGAGCUGCCGUGGCUUUGAUCACCUUGUACGAGCAGGACAAGCAGUGGGAUUCUGCCUUGGAGGUGUACCGUCAUCUCUGGCCCACGCUUGUCCGCUUCGAUGAACGCGACGGCUACGACCGUGCUCUUUUGGAAGGUCUCCUUGAAAAGACCUACACCGGCUACAUGGCCAUUCUGGGCUCGACCGCCAUGAAGGCCGGUUACUCGGAGCGAUACCAGGUUGCGACCGAGCAUCUCCGUCUCUGCAAGAAGAUCCACGGUGCUGCGGACGACAUGACCCUGAAGGCAACCUUGGGUCUGGCGGAGAUCUGCGAAGACAGCGAGAGCCACAUCGACGAGGCGAUCCAGCUGUACCAGCACGUUCUCAAGGUCCACGAAUGGGUUCCUGCCUCUCAGGCUUCGCGGUCGCUUCCUGAGAUGUCGCACACCUUGCCGAUCACGGUCAAGCAUAAGUUGGCCCAGCUCUAUCUGCGCAAGAAGCUCACCUCUGCCGAGGCUGGUUCUUUGUACCAGGAGGAGCUGCAGCUGUCCAAGCAGCAGCAGGGUCACUCUUCCACGACCACUUUGCUCUGGUUGAGAGAAGUUGCUUUGAUGUAUGCGAUCAAGGACUCGACCGAGUCACUCAGCAAGGGUGGUGCCAUCCUGCAUAACCACGCGGACGAGGUGAUUCAGAUGACGGAUCACCACCAGACUCUGGUGGACAGAGCGCAUCGUCUGGCGCACAUCUACCUGGAAACUGGAUACAAGGACCAGGGCAACAGUCUCAUUGACGAGAUGCACCAAAAUAUCAUCGCCAAUCCACCGUCGGACAAGGCCCUCGGCGAGCAUCCCCCGGCUGUUUUCGUGGCGGCAUUCGAGGAAGUCUUCCGCGGAAAACAGUCAUACAGCCAGAUCUUGCAGCAGCUGUCGAGUGAAAGCCAGAUGACUGGAUCUUUCGAGAAGAGCCUGUCCAGCCACGAUCUCGUCCCGACACUCGCAGCCGGCGAACAGCUGCACCAAAUCCAGACCGAGCAGAAGCGGACCGCUGCAGCCAAGCAGUCCCGCGACAAGUUGUACGACUACUUCUGCAACUCUCUGUCCAUCUCCCAGCUCAAGCACAAGGAUGUUAUUUUCCAGUUCUUCAACGUCUGCCGCCGGGAAGUGCAGCACGAGGACUACAACAUCAACAUCAUCACGGCCAGCACGGCGAUGGUCAAGGACCUUUGCGAUCGCUCUCGCUUCCAGGAUGCUGCUGACCUGACUGGUGCAUUCCACUCCUUCGUCCAUCUGACGGAUGGCCUGCACAGCUAUGAGAGCAUCUUCACAUCCAUCAAGCUCUGUCUGUAUCUGAACGGAUACCAGACCAUCAAGUGCCCUGACGAGAAGAUCUCGCAGAACAUGGCUUUCGAGUCGAAGCUGUUCUUGCAGGAAAUCAUGACGGCCGCGAAGCAGAUCAACAUUCAGUUCUCUGAGCUGCCUUUCACUGAGUUGAACGAUCUGGUCACUGUUCUGGGUGAGCAUGAAUUAUUUGAUGACCUCGAGUCCAUUCUCACCGACCUCUGGACCUCCCGUAUCGUCCAACGAACCUGGACCCUCAACGUCGUCGUCUGGAUCGGUCGUCGCCUCGUGGAAACCCGCUUCUGCCGCGGCAACACCAGCGAAGCCAUCCACCUCGGCCGCGACAUCUGCUACAACCUGCGCCAGGUCUGGGGUAACUGCGACAACGUGACGCUGGAGAUGAACAAGCUGCUUUCUGGUCUGUACACGGCAUCAGGAAACCACGCGGCGGCCGUUUCUCUCCACGAAUCCGCACUGUAUGAACUUCUCAACGACGGCGACGCGGUGAACAACGACAACGCAAGGGAAACCGCCAGUCAGCAUCUCACUCUGCUCAAGCACGCCCAGACCCGCGCAAACAGACAGGCCACGCCUAGCACCAAGCUCCCUGAUGCGCUGGCCAUUGAGACCAUUACCCGCCAGGCUGCUCUUAAGUUUGGACUCAACCCGGCUGACUUUGCGGAAGAGGCAGAUGGCGAAGUGGGCAUGUGGCAUCGACCCCGCCGGUUCAGUCUGGACGUGCAGGAGGAAGAGAAGCAUGAGAAUCAUCUGCGGAAUUCGAGUGGAGCUGCGAUGUUGAGUGGGAAUGCAGGAGCCAAGAGGAUUUCGAUUGCUGCGCUGUAA